GCGAUCUAUCUACGAUGGAUCGGCAGGAUGUGCAACGCAUGCAAUAUGAUGUUAAAAGGUCGCCGUCUAGUCGGAGAGGCAUGGCCCCGGCCGCAUAAGCCUUCAAUUCAUUUGCGCGGGUGGUUGAGUGUUUGUCAUCGUUCCGAUCGCAGGCGGCCGCAUAACCCUUCUUCCUCCUCGAUCGAUCGGCUCUAGCUCUCCUGAUCCCAUCUCCUCCUCGACCACGAGGAAGCCAAACCCUUCUUUGUCUCUAGCUAGUGUGCCUCUGCUGCACGUACACGCACUCUCUCUCGGCUAGCUAGCUGCUGCUCUGCGUUCUUUCAAUUCAGCUCAGCUCAGCUCCUUCUAUAUAUUUUGGCUUAGCUUCGUCCUCCGGCCCGACCGGUCAAUCCAUCGUCGAGUCCAGCGCCUGCUCCUGCCUCCUGCACGCUGAACCUGUAGCCGCAGAAUAUGCCUCCAGCCGUCCUCCAAGAGCCAUGAAUAACACCAGCAAUAGCACCAAGAAGCACAGCCUCCUCGCGCCCAAGGCCACCGUGGACAUGUCUCGCCUGCACCAGGCCUACGACCGCGGCUAGCUAAUAGGCCGGGUUGAUAGUCUUUUGAUCUGCUGUGGUCGUUAGCUUGUUGAACAGAAAAACCUACUGGGUUGAUAGUGUUUGCCUUGUGCAGUUGUGCUAGCUUAGCUUGUUUGCGGCUCAGUUACUACGCCGUUUAAUUACUGUCGUAAGUUCGUUCGUAAUCGUAACAUCAAUGAAGGAAGGAGGCGAGAAGAAGAACAUCCUGUCCAAGACGCUGCAGAGGUGCCGGACCUCGCUGGCCCAACGGAGGAGGCCGCCACCGCCGGCGGCACCGAAGAGGGCGGCGUCGUCGCCGUCCCUGGGCGUGCCCCCGCCGCCGCCGGUGCCAGCCGCCGGCUACUUCACCGUUCUGGUGGGCCCGGAGAAGGAGCGGUUCGGGGUGCGCGCCCGCUGCGCCAACCACCCGCUGUUCCGGGCGCUGCUGGACGCGGCCGAGGCCGAGUACGGCUUCGCCGGCUGCGACGGCCCGCUCGAGCUGCCCUGCGCCGUCGACGACUUCAUGGAGGUCAUGUGGGAGAUGGAGCUGGGCGACCCCAGCGCGUCGCCUGGCUGUGGACGCUUCGCCGCCGGCAGCACUAGAGGCUACCACCACGUGCACCAGCUGGCCGGCUACCAGUUGGUGGUGAGCCCGCCGGCGAGGUUCCUCGUCGCUGGCCGUUAAUUCAACAGAGCACCUGCUUGCAUGCAUUGCUAGCUGCUUGGACGCCCGGCCGGCGACGGUGGUCUAAAAUGGUCUGGUCGUAUCGUCGGUUAUGGUUGAGCUUGAGCUUGAACACUCUUUUCUUCCUCUUCUUCUUCGGCGUCAUCAUAAGUAGACUAGAGAUCCGGGCGCGCGCAGAACUUUGUUCAAGUGCUUGCUGCUUGCUUUACUUUGCCGUCUGUUAACGUUUGUUUCACUCUCUUUGCCUUUUCAUCGCAAGUGUACUCCAUAGAUUUGUUUUUGUGUCUUUGUAACUCUCAUGUUGUCUUCAAAUCGUUUAAUUAACGAUGUAUGUAUGCAUGUAUAUACAUCGUGUUUACUGUAACGAGUGUAACACGUUAAAUACAUAUAAUAGAAGUGGUGUAUGUAUGUUCUGUAUAUAA